AAUAAAAAUAAAUUAAAAAUCAAUAAUAUAAACCAUGUAAAAUUACGUGAUAAUUUAUAAAAAAAAUAAAAAAACAAAAGUUUAUCAUCCACAGAAGCUUUACAAUAACAAUCAAAAUGAUGACACUGUCGCUUCAAAGAGCCAAAUGUUCCAUCAGGUUGUUGUGCAGCCAAGCACUAAAAUCAACAAAUUAUACAGAAAAUAUAAAGUCAUAUGACGAAGUACCAGGUCCUAAGCCAAUACCAAUUCUUGGUAACACUUGGCGUUUAUUUCCUGUUAUUGGACAGUAUGAAGUUGGUGAUGUUGCUAAAAUAUCACAAAUAUUUCAUGAAGAAUAUGGUGAAAUAACAAGAUUGUCUGGUCUCAUUGGACGACCUGAUCUUUUAUUUGUUUAUAAUGCUGAUGAAAUUGAAAGAAUGUAUAGACAAGAAGGACCAACACCAUUUCGUCCAUCUAUGCCUUGUCUUGUUAGAUACAAAGGUGUUGAAAGAAAAAAAUUCUUUGGUGAAUUAGCUGGUGUUGUUGGAGUACAUGGUGAACCAUGGAAAGAAUUUCGUACAAGAGUUCAGAAACCAGUUCUUCAACCACAAACAGUUAGAAAAUACGUUGGACCCAUUGAAACUGUCACAAAAGAUUUUAUAACAAGAAUUGAAAAGAUUAAAAAUAGUGAAGGAGAAUUACCAGCUGAUUUUGAUAAUGAAAUUCACAAGUGGGCAUUAGAAUGUAUUGGACUUGUUGCUCUUGAUGUAAGACUGGGUUGUCUAGCAGAUAAUUUAACACCAGAUUCAGAACCACUAAAAAUAAUAAGUGCUGCAAAAUUUGCAUUGAGAAAUAUUGCUGAGCUUGAAUUAAAAGCACCAUACUGGCGUUAUUUUCCAACACCACUAUGGUCACGUUAUGUUAAAAAUAUGGAUUAUUUUGUUGAAAUUUGUAUGAAACACAUUGACACUGCAAUUGAAAGAUUAAAAACUAAAAAAGCUGUUAAUGAAUUAGACUUGUCUUUGGUUGAAAGAAUACUGGCUAAUGAAAAAGAUCCAAAAAUUGCUUAUAUUUUAGCUUUAGAUUUGAUAUUAGUUGGCAUUGAUACUAUAUCUAUGGCUGUUUGUUCAAUUUUAUAUCAACUUGCAACUCGAUCAGAAGAGCAAGAAAAAAUUUUUAAAGAACUAGAAAAAAUUAUUCCUGAUCCAUCAGUGCCACUGACAACGAAGCAUCUUGAUCAGGCUAUUUAUACAAAAGCAUUUAUUCGUGAAGUUUUUAGGGUUUAUUCUACAGUUAUUGGAAAUGGCAGAACACUUCAACAUGACACUGUAAUUUGUGGCUAUCAUAUACCAAAAGGAGUCCAAGUUGUUUUUCCAACAUUGGUAACGGGACAAAUGGAAGAAUGGGUAGAUGAUGCAAAAACAUUUAAACCAGAAAGAUGGCUCAAAGAAAAUUCAGAUAAAAAAUUACAUCCAUUUGCAUCAUUGCCUUAUGGACAUGGUGCUCGUAUGUGUCUUGGUAGACGUUUUGCUGAUCUGGAAAUGCAAGUAUUACUUGCAAAGCUCAUACGAAAUUAUAAACUGGAAUAUCAUCACAAGCCAUUAAAAUACAAAGUUACUUUUAUGUAUGCUCCUGAUGGUGAUUUAAAAUUCAAGCUAAUCAAAAGAUAAUUAAUUAUCAAAAUAAUUGUUAU